AAAGAGAGCGAAACCCCUAGAAACGAAGAACCGAAGCAAACGAAACCCUAGAGAGGCUCUCGAUGGCGGGGAGACGAUGAGCGGCGCGGCGUUGAUGGCGAGAUCGAGGGAUCUGGAUGAAGGGAAGGAGGGGAUCUGGGGGACGUGGGAGGAACUCCUCCUCGCCUGCGCCGUUGCCCGUCACGGCACCCGUCGCUGGGAUUCCAUCGCCACCGAGGUCCAGUCCCGCAUCGCUCCCUCCUCUGCUCCCUUAUUUACUCCCUCUCGCUGCCGCCAGCGGUUUGAUCUUCUUCAGCUCCGCUUCUCCGCCGCCGUCGCCACCGAUAGCGGCGGCGCCGGUGGCGGAUCCCCCGGCGAGGCCCCGUUGAUUGAAGAGCUUCGCAAGCUCCGCGUCGCUGAACUCCGCCGCGAGGUCGAGCGAUCCGACCACUCGAUCGUGUCUCUGAAAUUAAAGUUGAAAAAUCUAAAAGAAGGAGAAGGGGAACGACGUCUCUCUGGCGGAUUGGAUCCGGAAACGGACCAGAAUCCGAAACCCGAAUCGCCGGGAUCCACCGAAGAAGAAGAAGAAGAGCUCGCACGGGAUCGGGUUUCCAGAGAGUCCUCGAAGGAGUCCAACUCCACCGAUCCGAAGGGAAACGACGGGAAACUCGAUGAUGAAGCCGGAGAGUGUACGGCCGGGGUUGGGAAACGGGAAACGGAGCCGGCCACGGCGGGGGGUGAUCAUCGCCUCGCUGAGUCACGGGAAUCGGGUGAGUCAGCGGCCGAGUUGAAGCCCAGCGAUGCGGAUGAGACCAGCGAGGGGCGGACGUCGGCAAGCCAUGCGCGGCAACCCCGGCGAAGACGGCGGAAGGCACCGUUGGCCAGUAGCAGCGGCGGUGGCGGUGGUGGCGGCGAGCCGGAGGCGGACGCAGUCUCGUUGCGCGGCGGGACAACAUCGCAGCCGUUCGUUAAGAUCCUCGAGAUGAUCCGCGGGAGCGCGUCAGGAUCCGUUUUCGAGCGCCGACUCGAGAGCCAGAAUACGGCAGAAUAUCGUGGAAUGAUCAGGUGCCACGUGGACCUGGAGAUGAUCAGCGAGAAGAUCGAACGGUUAGGAGCGGCGUACACAAGGACAGAGUUUUUCCGGGAUCUCUUGCUGCUCUGCAUUAACGCUAUCGUGUUCUAUCCCUUGAACUCGAAGGAAUCAAUCGCAGCCGUUCAUCUUCGUGACCAGAUCUCGAAGGAGAUGGCCUCGACCCAUCAACCGUCCCCGUCGCCGCAACCGCAAGCACCACCACCGCCGGCUGUGAAGACCAUCAAAGCGGAUCCGCAUCUCGGUUCGUUGCUUGAAAAGUCCGAAUCCACUAUCCCACUGAUUGCUUGCCGGAAACGGAGCUCCAUAACCAGUAAGAAGACGAAUCCGGAUCCGAAGGUCAAGAGGAAGGCGGAUCCGGAUCCGGAUCCGGAACCAGAUUCUGAUCCGGAUCCGAAACCGAAACCAAAGAAGAAGACUAAGGAGCGGCCUGAUCCAUCGCCGCCGCCGCCGCCGCCACCACCACCACCGCCACCCGCACCUUCACGUGGGUUUAGGACGAGCAAGAGCCGGUUCCUCAAUCAAAGCCGUCGAUCUAAUCCGUCCACGACCACGAAUCCCAAAGCAGAGGAAGCGGAGGUAGAGGCAAAGCCGGAGAAAAAGAACACGGGCGGCGCCGCCGCGGCGGCGCUGGCCAAGAAGAGGGGUGCGGCAACCCUCUUGAAACGGAUUAAGCGGACGCCGGAAGAGAACGAGAAUGUAUCGCCUCCAUCCUCCACUGUUUCCGGCGAUAAGACGGCCGGAAAGAAGAAAACAGGAAAGGGCGAUGGCCGGCGAGCGCCGGAGCCGAGGAGGAGUAACCAGAAGACGGGUAAAAAGGCAGUGAAGGUGCCAGGUCCGGCGAAGCGGGUGAGAGAGGAGGUUGAGGCUGCGAAACCCUCACCGGCGGCGAAGAAGCGGAGGAGGAGGUGACUGGCAUGUUUUGUAAAUUAUGUGAAAUAGUUGGGCCUUUGUUUUGCGUUGGUUUUUUUG